UAUUUUAGUAAGCAGUCAAAACAUUUACCAAAAAAUGUUUAAAAGCAACUGUGUAGUUUUUUUAAUUAUCACUAUGUACUUACUGCGAAGAUGGAAAUUUCCAUUUCGCCCUUUAGAGCUGAAAAUGAAAAUGAGUGUCCUUUACCAGCGACCCUGCUGACGGACGACGGAAUUUUCCGGUGAGCUUUCACGUAAACAAAACGGGCAACUUUGAAUUCUCCAUUAGGCAUGCUUAGUGGGUGGAGAUAGACUGAUAGAGGUUGAAAACUACAGUAGACAGCGCUAGAGCAUGGCAGCUUUCUGUCUCCAUCCUAGUGGCAUGUACGUGCAUGAGAACUUGUGUGUGUUGCUAUACGAAACAGGGUGUAGGGUAGAUGAACAGUGUGGGAUAGAACAAAUGUUUGUCACAACAGUACGUGGGUAGCAGACAUACCAGGCCCACCAAUUUAUGAACCAAGGGACGUGACUCUGUCUCUCUCGCUCGCUCUCUCGCUCUCUCGCUCUGUGUAAACGGCGGUAACUGUACAUGUUUACUUGUUUAAAGAAAUGGCUAUUUGUAUUGAGUAUUGAUAGAUAAGUAACUCCAGAGAUGAUUCCAUGUGUGUAAGCCUGUGUGUACAGAACCUUCUGUCUUUAUAUUUGUGUCUAUUCGUGUGUGGUAAAUGUGUAUAUAUGUGCAAAUAUACUAUGUAUGUGUGUAUAGAUAUAUACAGCAGCACUAGCACAUGCAGAUUUUCGAUACUCUAGGACUCGGAUAGCUAUAUUUAUGCUAGCUAAAAUCCAGUGUACAUGAUCGCGAAUGUCUUCCUAAGUCGUAGAAGACGACCUUGACCUUAGGACUGGGAGGAUAAGUACAGGAUAAGUAACUUUCCUACCGGCAGGACAGGUCUAGUAUGGAGAUAAGACUCCUUGGCGCUGGAUCGUAUCUGAAACCCUUCUUAUGCCAUCUCUUAUCGUCUCACAUGGCAAAGCAGUAGCUACGAGCGCUGCUACCAGAGUGAACUGUUGCUGUGACCAGUCCCUUUAGGUUACCACGUGAUCCUCGCACAAGAUGGAGCUGCCUCGUUCCCGACUAACCGGUGCGGAUAUCGGUGUGCUCGUCAGCUAUUUCAUCCUCGUCAUCCUUGUUGGCGUAUUUGCCAUGUGGCGAGCCAACAGGGGAACUGUCAGUGGUUACUUCCUGGCUGGCCGGAAGAUGUGGUUCUUACCUAUCGGUGCUUCGCUGUUUGUCAGCAACAUCGGUACGGAGCAUUUCAUUGGUCUCGCCGGCUCCGGAGCUGCCAGUGGCAUCAGUGUUGGAGCCUGGGAGCUAAAUGCUCUACUGUUGCUGCAGCUCCUUGGCUGGUUGUUCAUCCCUGUUUACAUCGCGUGUGGGACAUACACCAUGCCUGAGUACCUGUCCAAGAGGUUUGGAGGGCAGAGAAUGCGGAUAUACUUCGCCUCCCUCUCUCUCAUAUUAUAUAUCUUCACUAAAUGCUCAGGCGACCUCUACACCGGGGCACUGUUCAUCCAGCAGUCACUUCAGUGGGACCUCUACGUGUCCAUCGUCAUUCUCGUCUUGCUGACGGCCGUUUUAACCAUCACAGGUGGUCUUACUGCCGUUAUCUACACUGACACCUUGCAGGCAUUCCUCAUGAUCGGAGGGGCUGUCUACCUUAUGGUCACAGGCUUUCAGGCUGUGGGAGGUUUCGAGGGCUUGCUGCAGAAGUAUCCACAAGCUGUCCCGACGAACGAGUCAGCCAUUGUCCCCAACACCACGUGCCACUGGCCGGACCCACAGGCCUUCCGCAUGCUGCGGCCCAUCGACGAUAACUACAUGCCGUGGAUGGGGUUCCUGCUGGGGCAGACACCUGGCUCCAUCUGGUACUGGUGUACAGACCAGGUGAUCGUGCAACGCGUGCUGGCAGCGAGGAGUCUCUCGCACGCGCAGGGGGCCACCCUGAUGGCCGGCUUCAUCAAGAUCCUCCCGCUGUUUGUCAUGGUCAUGCCGGGAAUGAUAAGCCGUGUCCUCUACCCUAACGAGGUGGCGUGUACGAACCCUGACUACUGCUACCAGGUGUGUCAGAGCCACACAGGCUGCAGCAACAUCGCCUACCCCCGCCUCGUGCUCGGCCUCAUGCCGGACGGCGCAAGGGGACUAAUGAUGGCGGUGAUGAUCGCGGCCUUGAUGAGCGACCUGGACUCCAUCUUCAACAGCGCCAGCACCCUCUUCACCAUGGACAUAUGGCGGAGGCUGCGGAAGAGAGCCAGCACAGUGGAGCUGAUGGUCGUUGGCAGGGUGUUUAUUGCCGUCAUGGUUGGGGUGUCGGUGGCGUGGGUGCCGGUGAUAAAAGAAACGAGCGGCGGCCAGGUGUUUAUCUACAUCAAUGAGGUGACGGACUACCUGGCUCCGCCCUUUGCUGCUGUCUUCCUGCUGGCCGUGCUGGUGCCAAUGGUGAACGAAAAGGGUGUGUUCUUUGCUCUGAUGGUGGCCCUUGUGAUCGGUCUGACCCGCCUGGCCAUGGUCUUCGCUUUCCACGGCAACGACACAUGCUCGGCUGAACGGACGGAAGUGCCCGCCAUCUUGGGGAAGUUCCACUACAUGUACUUCUCUCUCUUCAUCACCGCUAUCACGGCAAUCCUCGCCAUCGUCAUCAGCUAUUUCACCGGCAGGCCUGACCCUAAAUACUUGCACAAAACAACCUUCUGGACACGACACGCGGUGUCAGAAUGUCCGGAGAAUGUCCUGGGGGAGCCAAGCAAAGCCAUCUGCAAUGCGCCGCGUGAGGUGGCCGUCCCCAUGCAAGAGAAAGGACAGGAGGCGAGCUACGCGGCCUUGGUGGUGGAGGUGGACACGGACGACAAAGUGAAGAUCAGCAAUGUGGAUGACUACCGGAACUGCGAUGUGUUGCAGGACGGUCACCACACACCGACUGCGGCAGACGUUAAUGUCAUAACGGGACAUAAAGAGUUUGAUGUAAAGAGGUCCAAGACUCUCAAAAACGUUUGCUUUGGAAUCAUCUGUGGCAUCCACCUGACUUCCGACUCGGCGGAGGAGCAACUAGCGUCUAUGAAGGAACACCUGAGCAAACUGGAGGGCCUGGAGCAAAGCCGCCAGGCCAAAUGUCUUCUCACCUUGGGGCUGGCAGCCAUUACAAUAACAGGGGUGGCCAUGUACAUCUUUUGGUCGGUGUUCCAGUUCAAUACAGCUCCCUUCUACCCACUGAAUGGAAGCUCAAUACCUGGUUCCGACAACGCCACCUUUCUGGACUAGGUCGUUCAGCAAAGAUGUCUUCAGUGUGUUGCAAUAACUCUGAGAACGGGUUUGCCUGCUUGUAAUUAGCUUAUGGACGGACUGGGUACAUCAACUUAUUCUUCAGUUGCUGUACAGCUUGCAACUCUGACAUUUUCUUACCCGUGUAAUAUGCAUAGAUACAUACAAACAGGGUUUGACUUCAGCUUAAUAACUAAAGGACAUUUCAGUCCUUCAGUAUUCAUCCCUAGAAGGCCAAUAGAAAGCUUUUAUAUACUCUGCUCCUAAGCUUGCUUUAUGCUAAUGACAGCCCCGGACCUGCAACCAGUGUGUGAGAGAGAGAGGGAGAGAGAAAGUGCAUUCGUCCCAUAGCUCAACCGAGUGUGCUAUACUGACCCAUGGCACUUGAAAUUAUCUGUUUGAUUGUCCAAGUCUCGCAAAACCAAACAUAUCAUUUUUUUAUUUGCGCUCUAGUCAACUGACAGAGGGGGUGAAGGAAUUUCUGGAGCGCUUGUCUCAAUUUAAUUUUAUAAAUACCAUGUGACUGUUUAUGACGAUAAAAAUCAUUUGAAACGAAUUUGAACCUGAUUUUCGCUUUGAUUGACAGUAUUAAAGUUAUGUUAUACUUGAAA